AUGCACUCGAGGUCAUACAAUUACAUCUUCACGGCGGUGACUCGGGCGGACACUGCGAUGCUGGCUCCUGGAGCUCACGCGGAGUCGUUCGAUCCUCUGCUCAAGUCGUUGCAGAAGGAGGUACAGCCAAUACUCAGCAUGCACUUUGGGACUACAGACCUCGCGCAGAUUGUUGGCGACAUGGACAAGCAAGCGCCAACACCAACGCCGGCAGCUGCUCAGCAACAACGUCCAAGUAUUGCCGAACUGGCAGACCGAGCGCUCGAUGGCAUCAUGGGCCCCCCUGCUGGCAGGCCUCACAGUACUGUCACAGAUGCGGAGACCAACAGCAAAAGGUUCAGCGGGAUGGACCAGAUGAAUGCAAGACGGGAACAACGACAGAAGUCGGCCCACUGGCUGAACACAAUUCUUCCCGACCCCGAUCCUAAGCUAACGACGAGUUUUCAGCGUGCCGACUAUGGAUACACGCAGUAUCAGCGGCAGAAAGAACAUGGGCCAGUGUUGCGGCUCAGUCCAUCCAUUGGCAAGACCGAAGUGGUAGGUGGAAGUGUCGAUGUGACCAGGGCUUUCCAGAGGAUGGAGUCCAAUGUUCGACAGAACCGAGUCAAGAUUGACACGCAACGCCAGCGGUUCCAUGUGCGCAGAGGCCAGCUCAAAAAGAAUCUACGGAUCGAGCGAUGGCGCAAGCUGUUCAAAGAGGGCUUCAUUGCGGAGUGCGCUCGAGUCAGGAAGAUGAGAAAACAGGGCUGGUAA